AUGGCUGCGACGGCUGGGGAUUCUCCUUCGCUCGCUGUCUCCUCUUCCCGGCCGUCGGGUGAUGCCGACGCGGGGUCCCCUCACAUAGCGGCGCUGAUCCUGGCUCGAGGCGGCAGCAAAGGAAUCCCUCUGAAGAACAUUAAGCUCCUGGCUGGCGUUCCGCUGAUUGGCUGGGUACUGAGGGCAGCGCUCGACUCCGGCGCCUUUCAGAGCGUGUGGGUUUCCACAGAUCAUGAUGAAAUUGAGAAAACUGCCAAACAGUUUGGAGCCCAGGUCCAUCGGAGGACCUCUGAAGUGUCUAAAGAUUCCUCUACUUCUUUGGACACCAUUGUGGAGUUUCUCCAAUAUCACGAGGAGGUUGAUGUUGUAGGAAACAUCCAAGCAACUUCCCCGUGCCUGCAUCCCACCGACCUCACCAAAGUGGUCAAAAUGAUCCGGGAGGACGGCUUUGACUCGGUGUUUUCCGUUGUCCGGCGGCACCAGUUCAGAUGGAGUGAAAUUAAAAAAGGAGUCAGUGAAGUAACUGUCCCGCAAAAUCUGAAUCCUGCCAAGCGUCCCCGACGGCAGGACUGGGAUGGUGAACUAUAUGAAAAUGGAUCGUUCUACUUUGCCAAAAGGGCCUUAAUUGAAAAGGGAUAUUUGCAGGGUGGGAAAAUGGCCUACUACGAAAUGCGAGCUGAGCACAGUGUGGACAUCGAUGUUGACAUAGACUGGCCCAUUGCAGAGCAGCGGGUCCUAAGAUAUGGCUACUUUGGGAAAGAGACCUUAAAAGAAGUGAAGCUUCUGGUUUGUACCAUUGACGGAUGCCUCACCACCGGUCACCUCUACCUCUCUGAAGAUGGAAAAGAGAUGGUUUCAUAUGACGUCAGAGAUGCUGUUGGAAUAAGUAUGCUUCAGAAAAGAGGAGUCGAGGUGCGGCUGAUCUCCGAGCGGGUCUCUUCCGCCAAGGCGGUCUUCACCUCGAAGUUGGGCUGCACCCUGGAAGUCGGGGUGAUAGACAAGCUGGGUGUCGUGGAGAAAUGGCGGAAGGCCAUGGGGCUGUGCUGGAAGGAGGUUGCGUACUUAGGAAAUGAAGACUCGGAUGUGGAGUGUCUGAAGAAAGCCAGCAUGAGUGCCGUCCCUGCUGACGCUUGUCCGGCUUCCCAGAAAGCUGCAAGCUACAUUUGUCGAUGUAAUGGCGGCCGUGGCGCGGUUCGAGAGUUCGCCGAGCACAUCCUCCUUUUAAUGGAAAAGGUGAAUUCGGCGGGAAAAAACGUGGGGUGA